GUGUGCCGGGCGGGGAGGUUCUUGCGGGCCGGACCGGGCCGGCCACAUCUUUUAAUCGGCGGGCGCCGAACCGGGACCGCCGCCAUGAGCAAGAUCUCCAGGUUUUUCAAGGGGGGCGGCUCGGCCGCCUCCAAGGGCCGCGGGGGGCCUUCGCCGCAGGAGGCUCUGGCCCGGUUGCGGGAGACGGAGGAGAUGCUCAGCAAGAAGCAGGAGUACCUGGAGACGCGGAUCGAGCGGGAGCUGGCGGUAGCCCGGCAGCACGGCACCAAGAACAAGCGAGCUGCCUUACAAGCACUGAAGAGGAAAAAGAGAUAUGAGAAACAGUUGAGUCAAAUUGAUGGGACGCUUUCGACCAUUGAGUUCCAGAGAGAGGCAUUGGAGAAUUCCCACACGAACACAGAAGUGCUCAAGAAUAUGGGUUAUGCUGCACAAGCUAUGAAAAAAGUACAUGAAAAUAUGGACUUGAACAAAAUUGAUGAUUUGAUGCAAGAUAUCACUGAACAGCAAGAUGUUGCCCAGGAAAUUUCAGAUGCUAUCUCAAACCGAGCCAACUUUGGUGAUGAGUUUGAUGAGGAUGAGUUGAUGGCAGAAUUAGAAGAACUGGAGCAAGAAGAACUGAACAAGGGAAUGAGAGAUGUCAGGUUGCCAAGUGUUCCGUCCACAUCGCUGCCUUCUCGCCCUGCAUCAACCAGGAGGAGAGCAGAGGAUGAAGAUGAAAUGAAGAAGCUGGCUGCCUGGGCUUCAUAAGAGCGCAGUCUUUUAUAACUCUGUGCAUUAUGGUGCAAGUGUAAAGAGCUAUAAUGCUGUUUUAUAACCUUACUGAUUUAGUGUGGUUGCACUUCAUAC